GGAGCGCACAAUGGGCCAUGGAGUUCCCGUUCGAUGUGGACGCCCUGUUCCCGGAGCCGAUUACCAUACUGGACCAACACCUCCGUGCUCCGGCCCGCCGAACCGGAACCACAACCUCGGCUCGUGUUGAUCUCCAGCAGCAAAUCAUGACUGUUGUCGAUGAACUGGGAAAGGCAUCAGCCAAGGCACAGCAUCUUCCUGGUCCCAUCACCAGUGCUUCAAGAAUGCAGAGUAACCGGCAUGUUAUGUAUGUGCUCAAGGAUACCUCAGCCCGUCCGGCUGGAAAAGGAGCUAUUAUUGGCUUUCUCAAAGUUGGAUAUAAGAAACUCUUUGUUCUGGAUGAUCGUGGGGCUCAUAAUGAAGUAGAGCCACUUUGCAUACUGGACUUUUAUAUCCAUGAGUCACUGCAGCGCCAUGGCCAUGGGCUGAAACUUUUCCGGUAUAUGUUAGAGAAGGAACGAGUUGAACCACACCAACUAGCUAUUGACCGACCCUCAGAGAAGCUGCUGAGGUUCUUGAAUAAACACUACAAUCUGGAGUCCACCGUGCCACAGGUGAACAACUUUGUGAUCUUUGAAGGCUUUUUCGCCCACCAGCACCGGUCCCCUGCUCCCUCUCUGAGGGCGACUCGCUGCUCUCGUGCUGCCUCGGUUGAUAACACACCCAAUGCUCCAGCCAGAAAGCUGCCCCCCAAGAAGGCAGAAGGAGAGAUUAAACCAUAUUCUUCUAGUGACCGAGAAUUUCUGAAGGUGGCUGUAGAGCCUCCAUGGCCCUUGAACAGAGCCCCCCGACGUGCCACACCUCCAGCCCGACCACCCCCACGGUCCAGCAGCCUGGGCAAUUCUCCAGACCGAGGUCCCCUCCGCCCCUUUCUGCCAGAGCAAGAACUGCUACGGUCUCUUCGGCUCUGCCCCCCACAUCCUACUGCCCGCCUGCUGCUUUCAACUGACCCUGGAGGCAGCCCAGCCCAACGCAGGCGUACCAGUUCCCUCACUCGACCUGAAAAUAACAGAUAUUGAUAGUUAUUCCUUCCCACUUAAGACCACCUAAUUCUGAAAGGAUCCAUUUUCCCAUUUAAUUUUCCAGGAUGCGCUGGAGCCCUAACACUUAGAAUCAAAGUCUCCUAACCCCUUGCUAGGUUAAUCCAGCAGCAGAAUAACAAAUAUGCUAUUCCCAUCCCUAUUUUAUUAAUCCCAAGAGUAACCCCUUCUUCUUAUUCUCUAAUUGAGUUCUGAACACUUUUCCUAACUAAUAGAUGGAAGCUCUGUUGGAUUAAUUAGUUAAUACACUGAAACCUACCCAGGAUCCUGCCAGGUUAACAGGGGUUCUUAACCUUUUCUGUGUCAUGGAACCCUCUGGCAGUCUGGUGACACCUAUGGACCCCUUCUCAGAAUAACUUUUUUUAAAUACACAAAACAAAACAAUAGGAUUACAAUGGAAAAUAUGAUAAAAUACAGUUACAAGGUAGUUUUUAAAACUCACUUCACAGAUGCCAGGUCUGUAUUGUAGAAAAACUAGUAGACCUUACCCUCCUCUACCACAUCCUUGAAGGAUCCUUGUCCCAGAAGUAGGUAUAGUUGGCCUAGUUCCCUUAUUUCCUGUGUAACAUUCAUUGGAGCUGGAUUUCCCUUUAGAUCAGUAUUAUUCCACUCCUUUGGCCUCCAAACUCCCUUCCCCUCCACAACCCAACCCCAAGGAGUCAUGCUCCCUUUUUUUAAGGUAACAUCCUUCAGAAAUUAACCUGAUUUCCAAAGGGAGCCACUCAACUUUGCAAAGCUCUUAAAUUCCAAAAGGUAGUGUGGAGAGAGCCAAUUGGGGUUGUAUCAGGGCUCCUUAAUACUUAUCUCUGUAUAGGACCUGUUCUAAAACCAGGAUUAUGGCCCUGUUGGGAUUUCCACAGGGAAAUCGCCACUACUACCACUUUAACAGCAUCCUCUGAGAGGAUCUUUCUUGGGGUUACCUCUACUCAUAUACAAAGAAAUAAACCUGGGUCUCAAGGAUCUACUAGAUCCCAGUAUCCCCUCUUCCACAUAAUUAGUUAGAUGAUGGUGUGUGCUUGUGCUCUCAGAUUGUCUUGAGAUGAGUGUGUACCAAUCCUUUCCCAACCUGUGUCCCUUCCUCACCCAACCUAUUUAUCCUCUUUUCCUUUUUUCCCUUCUACUGAGCUAGGAAUCUCCUCCCUCUGUUUCCAGGCCCUCAGGGUAUAAUCAUAUAUCCUGGAAGGGUAUAUAACCCUCCCCUCUCUCACAUCCUCUGUGUGGUAGAUUACAGUGUGUCCCUAAUCCCCGGGGAGCAGGAUUCUCCCCAACCCCAGUGUUGUCUCAAUAAAGUGUGCAUCCUUUUG